UCUCACGCGGUCAAUAGGCGCGUCAAGUAUGAAGCCUCGGGUUUAUCCAAUCGAUUCUGAGGCGUUUCAUCAUUGAGUCGACCCAGCGAUCGAUCCUCUAUCCUAGAACUCGUUAAUGCAAACCCUACUUUACGCACCGGGUCACGAGUUACCUUGACUCGUUCGAUUCAAAUCGUUACUCGCCGAUUCCUCCCGAAAUCGCCCAAAUUUCUCCCAAUUUCGAGCAAUUUGCUGUUCAACGCCUGAAAUGUCAAUGUCCGAACAACAACUUUUCUAAAAACGUUGGUCGAAAGAAUUUGGAAGAAACAACUGAACUUUUUUCUCGGUUUUCUAAGGGAUUGAAGUUAAGUUUCUAAAGCAUGGAGUUUAUGUUGAUCUUGUCUGGAAUAGUUGAGGUUUAUGAUUGGUCUACAUGAUGGGAGAGAUGGCUCCUCUUCGUCCGGCUGGAUAUGUUGACCCAGGCUGGGACCACGGGACUGCACAAGAUGAGAAGAAGAAAAAGGUCAAGUGCAAUUAUUGUGGGAAAGUUGUUAGUGGAGGUAUAUAUAGAUUAAAACAGCACUUGGCUCGAGUGUCUGGAGAAGUAACAUAUUGUGAGAGGGCUCCAGAAGAUGUAUAUUUGAGAAUGAGAGAAAAUUUGGAAGGCUGCCGCUCCAAUAAGAAGCCAAAGCUAUCCGAAAAUGAUGAGCAUGCAUAUCUGAACUUUCAGUCUCCUGAUGAUGGUGAUGGUUAUGAUGAUGAUGAUGCAAUGGAGAAUAUUGGCUAUAGAAGAAAAGGGAAAAAAGUAAUGAAUGAUAAGAGUUUGGUUUUAAAUUUGAAUCCUCUUCGAUCAUUGGGAUAUGUUGACCCUGGUUGGGAGCAUGGUAUUGCACAAGAUGAAAGGAAGAAGAAGGUGAAGUGCAACUACUGUGGCAAAAUAGUCAGUGGAGGCAUUAAUAGAUUUAAACAACACUUGGCUAGAAUUCCGGGUGAAGUUGCACCUUGUAAAAAUGCUCCAGAUGAAGUUUUUUUGAAGAUAAAAGAGAAUAUGAAGUGGCAUCGCACUGGAAGAAAGCAUAGAAGACCAGAUGCCAAGGAAACACCAUCAUUUUUUGUGCAUUCUGAUGAUGAACCUGAUGAGGAUGAACCCGAAGAAGAUAUUUUGCAUCACUUGAGCAAGGAUAGCGUAGUUAUCGGGGACAAGAGACUGAGCAAAGAUGUCAGGAGAGGUUUUGGUGGAAUGUCUUCUGGAAGUUGUUCUGAGAUGUACUUCAAAAAGCCAAGGCUAAAUUCUUCAGUCUUGAAAGCGUCAAUGAGUCAUAUGCCGCUAGCUUACAAACAUGGAAUCCGACCAAAAGAAGACUGGAACUUGACAGGAAGUUGCGGAUCCAACAAAAGAAAUCGUAAGGAAGUAGUUUCUGCCAUUUGUGAGUUCUUCUAUUAUGCUGGGAUCCCAAUGCAAGCAGCUGAUUCCCUAUCAUUUCAGAAGAUGUUGGAGCUUGUUAGUCAUCAUGGACCAGGUCUAAUAGGCCCUUCUAGCCGGCUGAUAUCUGGUCGGUUUCUCCAGGAUGAAUUGUCGACAGUCAAAAGCUAUUUAGCUGAGUAUAGGACAUGCUGGGCAGUAACUGGUUGUUCCAUUAUGGCAGAUAGCUGGAAAAAUUCACAGGGUAGGACUCUAAUUAAUUUUUUAGUGUCCUGUCCUCGUGGUGUGUACUUUGUCUCAUUAGUUGAUGCCACUGAAGUAGUAGAUGACCCGUCAAGUUUAUUUAAGUUACUUGACACAGUGGUGGAUGAGAUAGGUGAGGAAAAUGUUGUUCAGGUAGUUACUCAGAAUACUUCGAGUUAUAAGACUGCUGGAAAGAUGCUUGAAGAGAAAAGAAAAAAAUUGUUUUGGACACCGUGUGCUGCCUAUUGUAUAGAUAGAAUACUUGCAGAUUUCGCCAAGAUAAAGUUGGUUGGUGAAUGCAUUGAGAAAGCCCAAAAAGUGACAAAGUUUAUCUACAACCGGAUAUGGCUGCUGAAUCUUAUGAAGAAGGAAUUUACAGAGGGGCAAGACAUUCUAAGACCUGCUAUUACAAGAUAUGCUGCUAACUUUACUAAUUUACAAGGCAUAUUUGACCAGAGGAUAAGUCUUAAGGGAAUGUUCCAAUCAAACAAAUGGCUUUAUUGCCGGCUUUCAAGAUCAGAUGAUGGCAAGGAAGUGGAGAGAACUGUAUUAAAUGCUUCAUUUUGGAAGAAAAUGCAGCAUGUUCUGAAAUCAGUAGACCCAAUUCUGCAGGCACUGCAUAAGGUUGACAGUAACAGUAACCUGUCUAUGCCUUAUGUAUAUAGUGACAUAGUGAGGGCGAAACUUGCAAUUAAAAGCAUGCACGGUGAUGAUGCACGCAAAUAUGGUCCCUACUGGAAUGUGAUUGACAGUCACUUGAGUUCAUUGUUCUAUCAUCCAUUAUGUGUUGCUGCGUACUCUUUAAAUCCAGCCUAUAGAUAUCGACCAGAUUAUCAGGCGAAUCCAGAGGUGGUUCGUGGACUAAAUGAGUGCAUCGUUCGGCUUGAACCAGACAGGGGUAGACAGGUUUCUGCUUCAAUGCAGAUCUCUGACUUUAUAUCUGCUAAAGCUGAUUUCGGGACUGAAUUGGCAAUCAGUACAAGGACUGAGCUUGAUCCAGCUGUAUGGUGGCAGCAACAUGGUGUGAAUUGUUUGGAAUUGCAGAGGUUAGCCGUACGCAUACUAAGUCAAACCUGCUCUUCAAUUGGAUGCGAACACAAUUGGGGUAUAUAUGAUGAGAUCCAUUGUGAAAGGGAAAAUCGUCUAGCGCACAAGAAAUUGAAUGAUUUUGUAUAUGCUCACUAUAACUUGAGACUGAGGGAGCGCCAAAUAAGGCAGUCAAAUGAAUUAAUGUCACUCGACAGUGCUCUUCUAGAAGGUUUACUUGAUGACUGGGUUGUAGAGACAGGCAGACAAGCCAUGCAAGAUGAUGAGCAGGAUAUCUUUGAUCAUGAAGAUGGAUACAACUAUGAUAUACUCGAGUAUGAUGAUGGUAACUCGGAUAUCUUGAGGAGGGGAUCUUUAGAUAUGGUGACAUUAGCAGAUGUGGAGCCUAUGGAAGUACAUCCUAAUGCUGGUCCAGCAACAGAUGAUGACGCUGAGCUCAACUUCCUUGAUGAUGACUUAACUGAUUAAUUGAGUAACCGGACUUUGUCGAAAUACUAAGUUCCUUUCUGGCUACACAAAAUGUUCUCUGGUAUGGAUCUUUUGGAUUGUAUAUAGCUGAAACCAUCUAUCUUAGAAGUUUGUCAGAGAGAUUUAUCGCCUUCUCGGGAGUACUUCUGAUUAAUGUGGAGCUAUCGAAGAAUGGUGUUGUUCCUCAUCUCUAUCAAGGAGUCAAAUUCUCAUCUUGAACUUCACAUCUGGGUAUAAUUUUGGUGAGGUUAUCGUUCCCUUGCUCAAGUCUCAACCAGUAACAUCUGCCUCAUGUUGAUGAUUCAUUUUUACUUAACAGACAAAUUAGUCAGACUAAUGCUCUCUGUUAAUACUCAGUUGUAGGAUUGGGACGGUAGUUGUACAUGUACACACCUUUCGCAAUGUAAUCUUCUUUCUAUUUGUAUGGUUCCUCAUUCAAAUCAACCACCGAUUCUUUGUUCAAAGGUUUUGUUCAAAGACAUUGUUUCUGGUUGGAAAUUCCGGUGUUUACCACCUUAAAAAUACACCGCUUUUGUUUUAACUA